UGGUUUUAACGUUUAAUUCCACAAUGUUUACUUCCUCUGCGAUGUUGGAGGGAAAACUAAAAAGUAAAAUGUUAUUACGAAAAUAAAAAAACCGUUUAUUUAUUGAAUAAAGCUUGAAGGAAUACUAUUUACCCAUAAUCAGUAUGUCAAGAAGGAGCAAAAAAAGGGUUGAUUACUCUCAAUUCGGAAUCCAGGAUGAAGAUGAUGAUGACUUUGCUGAGUUCACACCACCUGCCUCCAAAAGGAUUAAAACUUCUACCUCAAAAACUGAAGCAAAGUCCAAAGAACCAAAAACAAACAAAACCAAGGAAGGGAGAGCCGACCGUAAAUCCUUGAAUCGCUCUGCACCUACUGAUGAGGCCUUUGAGAGCGAAUUGCAGUUAGCUUUAGAGAUGUCUCGUAGUGAAUCACAGGAAGUGAAGGAAGAAAUCCCUCUAGUGGAGAGUAAUAAAGAAAAUCAACAACAGGUAGAGGUGGAGGGUGAAAAAGCAGAGGAAAAUCCAGAUGUUUCAUCUAAUAUUCUUGAUAAAACAGAUAUGACAUCAGAUGGUCCAUCCAAUAUUUGUGAUAUAAACAGUAAAAGAGAAAGUAAUUUUAAACCAGCAACUGUGAUGAAUAAAAGUGAUGAUGAAAUUGAGGUCUUGGCAACAGAUGUAAUUGAGGAUGCUAAACCCAGAAGAUCAUCAGCAACGAAGAAAGUAAAGAAGCAAGAAGAAAGUGAUUUUGAAGAUGACAUGGAAGACGUUUCCAGCUAUGAUGAAGAAGAAGAUGAUGAUGAUGACAGUUACGAUGGAGAAGAUAGUGAUUUUGACGACUGCAGGAAGAAAACUAAAUCUAAAGCAAAAAAGCCAGUCAAAUCAACAACGGCAACAAAAUCUAAAGCAGCAACAGAGAAAGCAACAAAGCCAGCAACAAAGCUAGCAUCUUCUAAACCAGCCUCUAAAUCAAGUGCAAGUAAAUCUAGUGUGAAACCUGUAGGUGCUAAAACUCCCAGUGCAGCAAAACCUCUGGCUCCUCGCCCCAGCCCUGUGAGGAGGCCGGCCCUGAGUAGCCCCUCAACACGAUGGAACCCCCCAGGUCCUGCUAAGCAGAAGAAUAGUGACGCGACCUCAAUUCAGUCUCCAACGUCAGGAUUACGGCUCGGUUUGUCUCGCAAUAUGAAACUUAAACCGCUCCACCCAAAUCUUAAGGUUCAGCACUGACAGUCAUGUUUCAGUAUGAUUUCCAGUCAGGCAUCAAAUGAGCAUGAAUAAACAAAUAACAGCACUUGAUCCAAGAACUUGUAUUGACAUACAUGUAACAAAUUAUUGUAAUGCUCAGCUGUAGUAAAUGCACACUUCAAAUAAAUGCACAGGUUUUUGAAAGGUGUGAUUUCCUGAACUGUCUGAAGAGUUCAAAGAUUAGGAUCUAAGAGGAAAAUUUAAAUUUCCUUUAAAUACAUGUACUUGUAAUUUGUACUACAGCAGUGCAAAAUAUCACUAUCUCACAUGUUAGCGACAUGGACUUUACAUUUUUCAUGUAAAUGAACUAAUUAUAUCUUGGCUUGGUAAUAAAUACUUGCAGCUAUCCAAAAAUGUCUCAUCUACAAUUAUCUAAUGAUGAACAUGUAUGCUGUGUGUGUUGAUUGAAUAGUCUUUUUACCAAUUUAAGUCUGAAAGUUAUAGAAACCUUGAAAUCGAGAGAAAUGUAGAAACAAUUAAAUAACUUGCAUGUAUAAAUUUAUUCUAUAAUUGUACCAGAUUAAGUUUUGGGGAAAAUUCAGCUUUUAAUUUCUUUUUUCAAAGUUUAAUGUGAAAAGGUUCACUGAAGUAUUAUUAAGUACCUAUGUUUUAUUCAAAUACAUUACUUUAACCUUAUUUACUUCAGUUUUUAAAUUACAUGUAUAUGUUUAUGUUUUAAAUUAAUUUUAUUAAAAUAGCAUAAAUUGCUCAACAUGUGUUACUGUUUUUAAUGUUAAAAAGAUGUACUUUUGAUAACAUACACCUGCAUGUGUUUUAUGCUUAAAGGGGCAUGGUCAUGAUUUUGGUCAAAUUAUAUUUUUCUUGUUUACAAUGUUUUAUAGAAAUGCAUUUCAAAUGAUCAACCAA